AUGAGGCUGUCAGGACGGCAUCCAAGAGCUUUUGCCAUCUUUCGGAGCACUGCUGCCCUUUGGUUUAGCUGUUUGGGUUGCCUCUGGUUUUAUCGAUGUUUCGCGGGUGUGACGCCCACGACCUUAACUCGCCUGCGUGGCGUCGCUGGAGUAGGGACGCUCUCGAGCUGCCGCCUGAGUGGAUGUCAAAGGCAGCAAAGGCAGGCUGUGGAGGAGGAGGGUGCCGAGAGCAGUGCAAGCGCCGCGCCAAGUUUGGAUUGUAUCACUCCAAUUGGCCCCUUCUCUCCUUUUCGUUCCUCAGCUUGCUCUUUUGACAGUGAGCUGGGCAAAGGCAUGACGGAUUUGACUACCUCGUCUCCAGAGUUUGCGGUGGAGAUGAGUCGCAUGCAGCUGGAUAUGCAGAUGGGCCGGGAGCCGGAACCUGAGCGGAUGAGGAAACUGGCUGAUGGUUUGGAAGCCUCCCACCAGAAGUGGCAAGAGCUGAUGACGCGGCUGCAGUUGAGCAGUGACUUCCAGAGCCGGGAGUAUUUCAAAAUCUCCUUAAGUCACUUGGAUGGCCGCAGCAUUGAUGACCUGGGGAAGAUGGUGAAAUAUCAGGUGGACUGCAUGAGGGCCGUGGCUUCUGGCCUAAUGCCCCCAGCCCCACCGCUAGGUCUGGACAUGUCACCCCCCAAGGAGGGCAUGCCAUCCGCCACCGCCUCCCCACCGAUGAUUGAAGCGGAACCCUUUGAUAGUUCGGCCUUCACCAGUGAGGUGGUCAGAGAAGAGUAUGAUGUCCUGCGGCGGGACCAUCGACAGUUGAUCAAGAUGGGAGAAGCCUAUGGAGACUUCGAUCCCCUUGGCAAGUUGGCCUUCCUCGAUCAGGUGGAAAAAAUUGAGGAGCGGUGGGACAUCUUCUUUGGACGACUGGGGUUGCUUGGACAAUUGAGCCCAGAGUACCGGCAGCAGAGCUCCGACUUUCUGGAUUCUAUGGGUCUUACUGCCCAGCAGUUUCGGAAACUCCUGCGGCGAGCACACGAUUUGAUGCGAAAGGAUGCGGAGGUCCAGCCGUUUGAUGUGCUGCAGAAAGGUAGGGCUCCUUUGAUGGUUGACUUGGAUUUGCUGGAUAGCAACCCAGCGGCAAGCGUGGCGGUGUUUGCUGUAGAUGACCAGCUCCUGUUGCAGUGUAGGUGGUCCGGAUGA